AUGGACCAACGAGGGGCCAUGUCCGUCCCAGGCCAGCCCGCACCGAAUAUAAAGAGGGUGACAUGCUACCUCUGUGAGACGCAGAAGCUACCUUGGGCUGUUAUUGACACCAUCCCCGGCUUACCUGAUGGAAACCACGUCUGCAGAAGCUGUGUUAACUUUGAAGGCAUCGACAGGAUCGCGGAUGUUAUCGCCGAAACAGUGCGCCAAAAGGCCGAAUAUGCAAGGAGCCAGCUCCCAAAUGGAAGCCGUGACCUUUAUGGAGCACCGCCCAAGACUGGGGCCUUAUCCGGCCGUGAUCUUUUGAUGAAACAGAUGAACGAGAGCCGGAACAUCGAUCCAAAUCGGGUGCGGGAAGUGCCACGACACGCGCGACCCGAACCACCUCGACCGCUAGUCCGACCUCCAGGAACACAGAGCGUGGUCGCGCCCUUCACCAACAAUGGAAGCAGGUUCAUCCCAAAGCUCCCCACGCACAGCAUGACUGCCCUUCCACCGCAGCUGAACCCUGGCGCAGCCGCACAUGCGAUGAUGCCAUCAGAAUUCACCCGUAGAAAUCCAGGCGGAACCAUCCGAACAUCUACCGGAAACUUUCUCCCAACGAUGAACCCAUCUCCUGUGACACCGUAUGGUCAUGAGGUGCCCAAGUCGAUUUCGCAGCAUCCCCACAGCCAAGCAAUCACACAGCCUAUUAAUUCCGCAGCAGGAGGAAUCCCAAGGCCAAUCGCCAAGACUAUUGAGGGACAGAUUGCAUCAAUCCAGCACCAGUCGCCUUCGCCGCUUUCCGCCCAGACUUUAGUCAAGGAGUUAAACAUUGCAUCGUUAAACUCCUCGAAAGAUCUUCUGAACAAAUGCGUUCCCUUCCGCGUUCGCUUCCGAAAAGACUCCACCAUCCGCGGACGCGUCAUCCAGUUCUCAACCAAGAACGAACUGAGAGUCUACAUCGAAUAUCCAAUCGGAUCGACGAAAAUCUUCAAAUCUGUGCAAACUGUCGCGCAUCAAAUGGCCCUAGACGCAGUCGGCGGAAAUAUGGAAAAGAUGACUCCCAUCUCUGGAAACGGAUACAAGGACAUCCAGUAUGAAGUGAAGCACAGAUCAGACGACUGGCGGUUGCUAAGUGAUCUGCUACCGGAAGGAGUGCGUCGCUUCCAGGACCCAGUCCAGCCCGAAAUGCUCCCGACAAAAUACUCGGAUCCAAACGCUCCCACGCCACCAGUCAAGGCGGAGCCAGGUGACUCAGAUCAAGGCUCCGACAACGAGAUAGAAGUUGUCCAGCCAUCCCCAGCGCCGAUCAAACGACCGCAUCACAGCAGCGAAGACGGGCCAGAGCGAAAAUGGGCAAGACCCGAAGACCGUGACCCUCGAGCAUCUGCUUCUCCCAAAGCGCCGCCAUCACAAAAGUCCAACUCGCCUCACGCGAGCUCUCCGGAUGGCAACAUGAAUGGUCGAACUGACAACGCCCAGCUGCUCUGCCAUCUUUGUAAAAAUCGCCUCGAAGCUUCUCAUUUCGUCCAGUGCCCCUCCCAGCAGCUCCACAGAUUUUGCUUUCCGUGCUGUCAACGGACGAUCCGCCGUUCGCUGAACGAGAAUCCGACGACAGAAGUGUUCUGCCCAUCUGGUGUGCGAUGUGCCAUUGCCGGAUCCCAAAAUCCAUGGGCCUUCAUGCAAGCGGAAAUCGAAACGAUCCUGGACCGAGCGAGUCAUGUGGCCAGCUCUCAACCCUCGCUGACAAAUGGCUAA